GGCGUGAGCUCCGGCCCAGCCCAGCGCGCUCCUCGCCGGCCUCUCCCAGACGAGCGUGGCCUGCAGGGCGCUCAGCGCCGGCUCGUAAGGCCCCAGGCGGCCCUUCAGAAGGGGACGCGUCUCAGGCCCGGGAGGAGCAGAGGCCGGAGCCGCCAUGCCGCGGGAGAUCAUCACUCUGCAGCUGGGGCAAUGCGGCAACCAAAUUGGCUUUGAAUUCUGGAAGCAGCUCUGCGCAGAGCAUGGCAUCAGCCCCGAGGGCAUUGUGGAGGAGUUUGCCACCGAGGGCACUGACCGAAAAGAUGUCUUCUUCUACCAGGCAGACGAUGAACACUAUAUCCCGCGAGCUGUCCUCUUGGACCUGGAGCCACGAGUGAUCCAUUCCAUCCUGAACUCUCCAUACGCCAACCUGUACAACCCAGAAAACAUAUACCUGUCUGAGCAUGGCGGCGGGGCUGGGAAUAACUGGGCCAGUGGCUUUUCACAGGGAGAAAAGAUCCAUGAAGACAUAUUUGACAUUAUAGACAGAGAAGCUGACGGCAGUGACAGCUUAGAGGGUUUUGUCCUGUGCCAUUCCAUCGCCGGUGGGACAGGCUCUGGUCUGGGCUCUUACCUCCUGGAGAGAUUAAAUGACAGGUACCCCAAGAAGCUGGUGCAGACAUACUCAGUCUUUCCCAACCAAGAUGAGAUGAGCGAUGUGGUUGUGCAGCCCUACAACUCUCUCCUGACCCUCAAGCGGCUGACACAGAAUGCCGACUGUGUGGUGGUUCUAGACAACACAGCCCUGAACCGCAUUGCAACUGACAGACUGCAUAUCCAGAAUCCCACCUUUUCUCAAAUUAACCAGCUGGUCUCCACCAUCAUGUCUGCCAGCACCACCACAUUGCGCUACCCCGGCUACAUGAACAACGACUUGAUCGGUCUGAUCGCCUCCCUGAUUCCCACUCCCAGGUUGCACUUCCUGAUUACGGGCUACACCCCUCUCACCACAGACCAGGCUGUGGCCAGCGUCCGCAAAACCACCGUCCUUGACGUGAUGCGGCGGCUGCUGCAGCCCAAGAACGUCAUGGUGUCCAUGGGGCGUGACCGGCAGACGAACCAUUGCUAUAUCGCCAUCCUUAACAUCAUCCAGGGGGAAGUGGACCCCACCCAGGUCCACAAGAGCCUGCAGCGGAUCCGAGAGAGGAAGCUGGCCAAUUUCAUUCCCUGGGGCCCAGCCAGCAUCCAAGUAGCACUUUCUAGGAAGUCUCCAUACUUGCCGUCAGCACAUCGGGUCAGCGGUCUGAUGAUGGCCAACCAUACCAACAUUUCGUCGCUCUUCGAACGCACCUGCCAGCAGUACGACAAGCUGCGCAAACGCGAAGCCUUCCUGGAGCAGUUCCGCAAGGAGGACAUCUUCAAGGAGAACUUUGACGAGCUCGACGACUCCCGGAAGGUUGUCCAGGAGCUGAUAGACGAAUACCACGCCGCCACUCGGCCCGACUACAUCUCCUGGGGCACACAAGAGCAGUGA